AUGAGACCACCGCCGCUGCUGCUGCUUGUCCUGUGGGUGCCGCGGCUCCUGGGAACGCUGGCAGAGGGCGAGGGAUGUAACCGGACAGCACGGGCAGGGUUGGAGGGACAGGAGGCACCCAUUGAUAGAGGGACCGUCCUGAACCUCAGUGUGAGUGACCAUGGCCGGUCGGACUCCCUCCUUCUGUCCUGGGAUGAGCCGGAGGGGGGUGCUGAGGGAUAUUCGCUCGCCCUCUCCUCCCUGGGGUCAGGCACGCUGCUGCAGAAUGGAUCUGCUGGACCCAACAUCACCAGCUUCUGGUUCCAUGGGCUGACCCCUGGCAUGCACUAUGAGGUUGAGGUGACGGCCACGCUUGCCUGUAUGGAGACCACCAGGCAGACAGUCACAGCACAGACAAGUCCUUCACCUGUCCGCAACCUGAGCCUGAGCAGCGGGGGGAGCUCUGCCAUGCUGCAUGCCUCCUGGGCGCACGCCCAUGGGCAGCGAGACUGCUACGACCUUGCCCUCUACCACAGCGACUCCCAGACGCUUGUGAGAAAUGUGUCCAUCCUGCCAAACGCCUCCACCUUCCUGUUUGACGGGUUGCUGGCUGGCAGCGAGUACGCCUUGAAGGUCAGCACGCUGUCUGGAUCCAGCCAGGCGAGCACCAGUAUCCACCAGUGGACAGCUCCUUCCAUCCCCACCGAGCUGAGGCUCAGCCCGGGCUCCAGCACCAGCCUCAUUGCCUCCUGGGCAGGCGCUGGGGGGGCUGCCUGGCUGCACCUUACACUCCACAACCUCCUCACCCAGACGGUGACCACGACCCUGUCAGCCAGGAGGGGCCUCACCAGCUACACCUUCCAGCAUCUCCACCCUGGCACCCAGUACUGGUUGGGACUGAGUGCCACGGCUGGGCCCUACACCGUAGGGGGACCCAAUGCCACCGCUUGGACAUACCCCCUGAGCCCUGGCAAUGUGACUCUGAGUGCUGCAGAGGAGCAGAACUCCUUGCAGGCUCGCUGGAGCACCCCAGUAGGAGAGAGGGACUUCUACCUGGUGACUCUGCAGGAGGGAGAGGACGGUGCUCCGACGAGGAACAUCUCUGUCGGCGGAGACAACGGUCACGUCACCUUUCACGGGCUGAGCCCUGGAAAGCAAUACUCUGUCCAGGUGACGGCGGUGGCUGGGCCUUACCGAGCAUCAGCCCGCAGCACAGCAGCAUGGACACAGCCGCUAGCACCAUCUGGUGUGAGUCUGUCCAGCCAGGGGAGCCCCUACAGCCUGCUAGCUAGCUGGGAGGAGGCAGUGGGAGAGGGCUACAUGCUGGCCCUCAGCCCCAUGGAGUACCCCAUGAAGAACCGCUCGCUGCUCAGAGAUGUCACCAACUUCACCUAUGAGGGCCUCCGCCCUGGGACUCUCUACACCUUUGAGGUCAGCACCGUGGCUGGCCCCUACACAUCCUCACCCCAGCGCAUCACCAACUGGACAUACCCUUUGCCCCUGGAGCAUCUGACCCUCAGCAAUCAGGGCCGCAGCACGUCUCUGCAAGCCUCCUGGAGAGCUGCUUUCACUGGCAGCACUGGCUACACAGGCACCCUCUGGGAAACCAAGUCCGGGGAGCAGGUCAGGAACAUGACUAUGGGGAACAACUGGAUGAAUGUUACCUUUGAGGACCUGGUCCCCGGGCGACAGUAUACACUGGAGGUGGCUGCUAUGGCUGGACCUUACAGAUCCCCUGUGCGAUCAGCCACAGACUGGACAUACCCCCUGGCUCCAGCUGGUGUCACCCUGACCAACACCCGACGCCCGCUGGGACUCUCUGCCUUCUGGGACAAGGCUGCUGGUGAUGUGGACCAGUUCCACCUCCAGCUCUACAGCAAGAGCCAUCCAGCACAGAGGAACAUCUCGGUGGGCCCAAACACCCACAACUUCACAUUCCUGGGGCUGUCCCCUGGCAUUCAGUACUUCCUGAAGGUGACCGUCCUCGCUGGUCCAUACAGAUCCUCGUCACACUUUGCCACUGAGUGGACAUAUCCACUGUCUCUGGCUAACGUGAGUGUACAGCCUGGCCGGAGACCUCAGGAGCUACAUGUGAGCUGGGUGGAGUCAGGCGGUGGCAGAGAUCACUUGGUACAGCUCUCGGUGGCUGAGUCCCUGUCCAUCAUAAGGAAUGUGUCUGUCCCCCGUGGAGUCACCCAGCUUGACCUGGAGGGGCUGGUGCCAGGGUCCCGAUACCGUGUGGAGAUCAUUUCUCAGGCUGGGCCUCAUCGCACCUCCUCUCAGACUGCCAUCGGCUACACUGGUAGGAACGCAGCUCCUCUGCACCCAUCCCCAUCCCUGGUACCCAGCCUGGCUCUGACCUGGUGA